AACAGCUUCAAACAAGCUAUGCGUUGAGUGCACCUCAAGCGUCAUACAAAUUCCUUCGUUAGUAUACACUCAUAUCAUAUUUUACCCUAUCCAUUCCGCAUUCUCCGAGACGAGAGAGAGAGAGAGAGAGAGAGAGAGGGAGGGGAGAGAGAGAUAAAAGAGAGGGAGAGAGGGGCGCGAGGGGUUUUUGGGAUGGGAAGAGCCUUCGCGUACGUGAUCCUCGGCGGCGGCGUGGCGGCGGGGUACGCCGCGCUCGAGUUCUCGCGCCGCGGGGUCGCCGCCGGCGAGCUCUGCAUCAUCUCCGACGAAUCCGUUGCUCCAUAUGAACGGCCUGCAUUAAGCAAAGGCUAUUUGCUUCCGGAAGCUCCUGCACGGCUUCCCUUUUUUCAUACUUGUGUGGGUACUAAUGAUGAGAGGUUAACACCAAAAUGGUACAAGGAGCAUGGCAUUGAACUAGUUCUUGGAACAAAGGUAACAUCUGCUGAUGUGAGGCGGAAGACGUUGAUUACAGCGACUGGAGAAACUAUCAGCUAUAAGAUCCUAAUCAUUGCAACAGGUGCUCGGGCUUUGAAACUUGAAGAAUUCGGAGUGAAAGGUUCAGAUGCUGAGAAUGUUUGUUAUCUACGCAAUUUAGAUGAUGCAAAUAGGCUGGUGAAUGUAAUGCAAUCUUGUGCUGGUGGAAAUGCUGUUGUAAUUGGUGGUGGGUACAUUGGUAUGGAAUGUACAGCAGCUCUUGUUACAAAUCGAAUCAAAGUGACCAUGGUCUUCCCUGAGAAACAUUGCAUGUUUCGUCUGUUUACACCAAAAAUUGCCGAGUUUUAUGAGAACUAUUACAAGUCCAAGGGAGUCAACUUUAUAAAAGGAACCGUGCUGUCAUCCUUUGAGAAUGACUCAACUGGGAAGGUGAUGGCAGUGAUCCUAAGAGAUGGGACCCGUCUCCCCACUGACAUGGUUGUGGUGGGCAUUGGAAUCCGUGCAAACACUGCCCUCUUUGAAGGCCAACUUACCCUUGAGAAAGGAGGGAUAAAGGUGAAUGGGCGAAUGCAAACGAGCAAUAGCUCAGUUUAUGCUGUUGGUGACGUGGCAGCUUUCCCAGUAAAGCUCUUCGACAACGACAUCCGCCGUCUUGAACAUGUCGACUCGGCCCGUAAAACCGCCCGACACACCGUGGCCGCGAUAAUGGCCCCGGCAAAAACCACAAACCUCGAUUACUUACCCUUCUUCUACUCGAGAGUCUUCAGUCUCUCUUGGCAAUUCUACGGGGACAAUGUUGGGGAAGUCGUUCACUUUGGGGACUUCUCAAGCGGGAAAUUCGGUUCGUAUUGGGUCGAUAAGGGGAGGGUUGUAGGGGCAUUUCUCGAAGGCGGGGGAAGAGAGGAUUACGAGACGAUCACGAAGGCUGUGAGGAAUAAGGCGGUGGUGAAGGAUUUGGGUGAGUUGGGGAGGAAGGGACUUGAUUUUGCUUUUCUUGAAAGCAAGGAGCGCGGGCCAGAAACUGGGCUUAUUGUGGAAAGGCCGGUUUAUGCUUGGCAGGCAGCAGCAGGUGUCAUCGUAGCUGUUUCAAUUGCAGCUUUUGCUUACUGGUACGGUGGGCGGCGCCGAAGGUGGUGAUUAACAGGGAAAAGGGAUGGGAAAAAAGAGUGCAGGGAUGAAGGCUCGCAAUUUUCGCUGAAAAAGAAAGCUUUAUUACUGUAACCAGUGAACAAAAGUUAAAAACUUACGAUCUAAAAACUUAAGGAUCUGAUAAAAUUGGGGUUGGUUUCUGUAGUAUAUAUACUUCAGAGGAUUCAUCUGUAUGCAAAUCUUUGUUGAAAUGUAUAUCUAUUAAUUUCGUGUGUUCUA